AUGGCCCCCGCCGACAAGCCUGCGCUCACGCAGAGACAGUCUUCGACACUGCACUAUCAGACCUUCCCCACCUCACCGCCCACAUCGCGUGGAAAGCCUCCAACUUCGCCCAACCCUUCGUCGUCCAACAUCCACGCCGACGCUCAGUCCGGUCCUCAGGAUGACAGCCAAAGCGAGACUCCGCUUCCCAAGGCCCAAUUGGCCAUCCUUGCCGUCAUAGCUCUCGCCGAGCAGACUGCCCUCAACUCCAUCUCGCCCUACCUGCCUGCGAUGGCCUCUACCUUUCCAGAAGUCAAAGAUGGCCAAGUCGGCUUAUACGUGGGUCUGAUAGCCUCGAGCUUUGCUCUGGCACAGUUCGCAACAAACUUCUUCUGGGGCUGGCUCAGCGACAGGAUAGGCAGAAAACCCGUCGUUCUCAUGGGCACCUUCUUGACUGCCGGCUGCUUUGUCAUCUUCGGCUUCAGUCGGACCCUCUGGCAGGCCAUCUUUGCUCAAACUCUCAUGGGUUUGGUCAAUGGGAACCAGGGUGUCAUCAGCACAUGCUUGGGCGAGAUCACUGAUCGAAGCAAUCAAAGUAGAGCUUUUACCUACCUUCCCGUUGUCUACGGCAUUGGCGGUAUCACAGGUCCCCUGGUUGGCGGCUUGCUUGUCUUUGAGACGAUACCUUGGAGCGGCAAGCCCAAUCCAUACCCCUACCUUGCCCCGAAUUUGCUCAGUGCUGGUGUACUGCUCAUAGACUUCAUCCUUACAAUGGUCUUCCUCGAGGAGUCUCUGGAAGAAGCCAAGGAUCUGCCACCUCUCAACAGACGAGUAUCCAAUCUCUUUGCCUGGCUGUGGCAGUUCACUGGUAAUGCAAGGAAACCUUCUUAUGUCAGGCGCCGCGAGCAACACGAGAACUCGGCCUCUAGUGCGCGGAACGAUGGUACCGAAGAAGACACUACCGAUGACGAAAGCGACAGUGAAUCGACCCAUUUGUUUGGCACCGCAAACCAUGAGACGCUUAGUAGCUCUGCUGUUUUCAACCGCGACACGAUCCUUCUGCUCAUCACUUUCCUCAUCUUCCAGCUGUCUAACAUCUCCUACAACUCGCUGUACCCCAUCUUUGCGCAAGCAGUACCCCCCACCGGUCGUGGCUUGUCGCCCGAAGAGAUUGGCCUCUCACUGGGCUUCGCCGGACUUGUGACCAUUGUCUUCCAGGUCGGUGUGUUUGGAAAGCUUCGCGAGAAGGUAGGAAAUAAGACUACUUACCGCGUUGGACUAUUUGGCUUCGUCAUCGCGUUCCUGCUCAUGCCUUGGGUCGGGUACAAGGACGGCAAGGAUGGAGCUGGGCACAGCACGCAAGCAGGCAAAGUAUGGUUGUGGAUUGAGCUUGGAGCUGUGCUUAUCAUCAAGACUGUGGCAGCAGUCGGUGGCCUUACUAGCGCCCUGCUUCUGAUUACCAAUUCCGCGCCAAACCACUCGGUGCUAGGCACGCUCAAUGGCCUUGCACAAACGCUUUCAGCCGCAGGACGUGCUGCGGGACCUUUCGUGUCUGGUUCAUUAUUCACUGCAGCAACACAUGUACGACCCAAGGGCGAGGCCCUUGCAUUUGGCGUAUUUGGUGGUAUCAGUCUUCUAGGAUUCGUACUGAGUCUUGGAAUUCGAUCAUCGAGCCUCGAGGCCGAAGGUUGGGAUGAGAGUGACGAAGAUGAUGAUGCUACGUCUGAUGAGGAAGAGGUAUAG